AUGGUUAAAUUACAUGACAAUACAACGUUUACACUCUGUGUCAACAGCAAAGCUGUUAAGCCAUCUAGACAUCGCAGUGGGUAUUACAUCACAGCGAGAACGAUAUGUUGUCUGAGCGUAAUACUUCUUGUGUUGUUUGCUGGCGUCGCCUGUCUGUUCUACUUUGCACCCCACGUCGCAUCAUCGGGCCAAGAAUGUGUUCAGGUGAGUAGAUUUAAGGAGACAAACUGUACCAUUCCCAAACCAGUAGAACCUAAGGACCCUCCUCCAGAAAAGAGAGACCCGUUUGAAGGUCGUCUCCCUAAUUCGUUGAAACCAAACCAUUAUACCAUAAAGUUAAAAGUUUAUCUGGACGAAGAGGACAAGGAAGAUAGGUUCACCUACGAAGGGGAGGUCAGCGUAGUUGUUCAUUGCUUUGAACCGACAAAUAUUAUCAAGAUACAUAGCAGAGAACUUUCUCUGCAGCAGUCAGAUACGCAAGUCAUAGACACUGAAGGGAAUACAAUGACAAUAACAAACCAAUCCGACGACACGCUUUAUGAAUUUUUCAUCAUAGAAUUGAGCUCCAAUCUCGCUGCAGGCAAAGAUUAUUUAGUCAGACUUGUGUUCACCGCACCAUUAACAAAUGAUGGUUACGGCAUUUACAGAACUUCCUACAACGACCCGGAACCACGGUGGCUGAUAGCAUCGCAGUACCAACCCAGUGGGGCACGUCAAGCAUAUCCGUGCUUUGACGAGCCCAAUUUCAAGGCGACCUUUGACAUGAUUAUCAUUCAUAGAGAUACCAGAAAUGCGCUGACGUCUAUGCCCGUAUCGAACAUAAUUGCUCAUGGUGUGGACAACUGGGUUGAAAGUCACUUUCAGACUUCAGUUGUCAUGUCAACCUAUCUCAUGGCUAUAUACCGGGUAUGGGCACAACCUUCUCUCAUACAUGCAACUAAUUAUUCACUGGAAACCGGAAAUGCCAUGCUAGCAUAUUAUGAGAAAUACUAUGGGGUGCCCUAUCCUUUGCCAAAACUUGACAGUGUUGCUGUACCCGGCACUGGUGGUGGUAUGGAGAAUUGGGGACUUGUAAUAUAUGGCGAAAGCGAAAUGACUUACGAUGAAAUGGUUCAUUCUCCAAGUAGAAAGCAGUCGGUAGCUUCUAUCACCGCACACGAAGUCGUACAUAUGUGGUUCGGUAAUCUUGUUACAAUGGAUUGGUGGGACCAUCUAUGGUUGAAUGAAGGAUUUGCAACCUUUACCGCGAACAUUGGUGUUGAUUUUGUGGAACCUGGACUCACAAUUGUAAGUACUUAUACAACUUGGAGAAAUAGUUGCAGUAUGAUUCGCGUAAAAAUGGGAAUAUCAUAUAACAUGGUUCGUAAUGAAAUUUAUGCUUGCAGUGGGACCAGUCUGUUGAGGGACUCCGCUGCGGCAUUCAGAGUGGAUUCCCGUUCGUCUACUUCUAGACCAAUCAUAGUGGAGACAGGGUGGAAUGAUGAGGUCAAGGGAAUGUUUGAUGGAAUAACUUACACCAAGGGUUCUGCUAUCGUUCAACAUAUGAAAUGUUUCUUGAGUGAUGAAGUCAUAGACAGUGGGAUAAGUGACUAUUUCAGAACUUAUGCAUACGGUAAUGUGGUCUCUGAUGAUCUGUGGAUGACACUGACAAAAGCUGAUGUCGGUCACAAGAACACUAAUGUGAAAAAGGUGAUGGACACGUGGACUCUACAAGCAGGACAUCCAGUGGUCACAGUAAACCGUACCGGCCCAGACACUGCAGUGGCAACCCAGCAAUACUUUAUGAUGGACCCACAUGAUUUCUAUGAUGCCAAAUACAACCACAUGGGGUACACGUGGUAUGUUCCAUUGACGUAUACAUUUGGAAAUGACCCUGAUUUUGACAAGCCAGAACAAGCCUGGCUUAACAAGGACGAACCAGGGGUAUUAAAUCUUAGUAAUGUUGGUGAAAAUGAUUGGUUACUGGUUAAUGUUAAUAAGUGGGGAUUCUACCGUGUUAAUUAUGAUGAUGAUAACUGGGGGAGAUUGGCGAACCAACUGAAACAUGACUAUACGGUGAUCCCAAUUAGGUCACGUACUUCCAUAAUGGACGACGCAUUCAAGAUUUCGCAACCAGGCCACACAGACCACGUGAACGCCCUUCGAUUAACAGAGUACAUGGACAAAGAAUUCGAAUAUGUACCCUGGGAUAGCGUUAUUGGCAAUAUCGAGUUCACGCGUAGUAUGCUGAUGAGGACCGCAGAAUAUGGAAUGUUUGAGAUAUACUGGCGUCAUCAAAUCACACCCGUUUACGAAUCACUGGGAUGGGAUUUCUCACAAGGAACUGAUUUAGAUUAUUUCAAUCGUGUCAAUGCUAUUGAUACAGCAUGUCUUUACGGCAACAAGGACUGCGUUGAACAGGCACUGGUACAGUUUAGAGACUGGAUGAAUACUGGGGACAAUGCGAUCCGUGAUGAAGUAAGGCCCACUGUCUAUUGCACAGCAAUCAAGCAUGGCGGCGUAGAAGAAUGGGAAUUUGCAUACACUCAGGUUAUAGAAGGAUCUCUUGGUUUAAUCGAAAUUAAACGAUUGCAGAAUGCCAUGGGCUGUACACGAAUGUCAUGGUUGUUACAGAGAUAUCUUGAAGACGAUGCAUUUGACACGAUAACUGUGAUAUCUGAAAUUCGUGAUAAAUCAUCCAUUGGUUAUUCUGUGGCUUGGGAUUACACUAUGAACAACUUCGACAGCUUAGGUAUGGGAGUUUCAGACUUGGAUGACACCGACUAUGAUUAUGAACAGCUCAAGGUAUUUGGCGCUAAACAUGCAGAUAUGCCUCCAGCCUUCGCGGGGGGAUUUUAUGGUGCUAUGCAGAAAGUAGAAACGAAUAUGGCAUGGAUGGACAGGAAUAAAAAUAGGAUCAAACAGUGGUUGUUGGACGUCACAAUUAACGCACUAUAG